ACUCAAGAAGAGGAGGGAGACAGUGGAGGAUCCUCCUCUUACCAGUUGUAAGCUGUGAAGAGGAACAGACCAGGUGGAGAAGAUAGCAGUUCUGUUCCCUCGACUGCAUCAUUUCAUACGAGUGAGAAGCAACACCUUACGAAAAGCUUUCCCCACUGGAAGAGGCGAUUGAAUGUGAAACCCUGAAAGCUUUUAGGACUCAAAGGAAUGACCAACUUAGAAAGGGGAAGGAGGCCCAGAGAGAAGGCUGUCUGACGGCAAGAGACGGGGGAGGAGAAGGAGUAGCACCGAGGGACGGGAGAAGGGGACGAUGGGCAAAGAAGCUCCUGCCCUGAAGUCCAGGCGUCAUUCUUGCUUCUGCUUCACUGCCUCUGUAAUUAGGCUGCUUCCCCAAACAUGAUUUGCAUCCUGUCUGUGACUCUUUACUGAGUCAGUUCCUGGGUACUGCAGACUCACUACGCCCCUCCUCUUGGGGCCCAGGAGAGACGGCUUCACCAUGCUGAAUUCGAAGCUACUGGGACUGCUGCUUCUUUGUCUCCUUGCAGGAGGCAUCACAGGCAGCAAUGACCACCCUUUGCCACCAGCCCUGGAGGCCCUUGAAGAAGAGGGGGCACCACCAUGGCCACAGGGCCCUCCAAUCCCUGGUGAUCCCUGGCCCGGGAUACCUCCUGUUUUUGAAGAUCCUCCACCACCAGGACCUAGUCGUAGAGACCUGCCUGACAGCGGAGUCUGGCCCCCUGAGCCCCCUAGAACAACUACUCCCCAACCUCCACGGCCUGAUGACCCCUGGCCUGCUGGACCCCAACCCCCUGAGAAUCCCUGGCCUCCUGGCCCUGAGGUAGAUGAGCCAGACCUUGAUCCACCCAAGGAGGAAUACAGAUAAUUGGGUGUUCUCAAUCUCCCUUUCUCCCACCCAUAAGGCCUAGUUCAUCUAAUACAUCUUCCUCAUUCCCCUGGACCAGUAAUCUCUCUGUGCCUCAAUACCGCCUUAUCUUUUCCCUUCUGACUCCACUAUCCUCCCAGAGAUUUACUCUUUCCCUCCAUUUUUACCUCAAUUCCUGUUGGUCACCCCCAAAGCACAUCCCUGUCUCAUAUUCUGCCCUCUCCUUCCGUACCAGUUCUUCCAGAAUCUCCACAACUGGGAUGGCACAGAGUUGUGUUUUCUGCCACCAUUUGGUGGCUGUGACAGAGAGGUGAAGAUGGACAAUACCAGAACUUCCAUGAAAUGGAAAAA